AUGCCUCCAAGAAAUCAUGGUAAAUCAAGUGGAAAACCUAAAUGUCCAGGAUGUGGUCGUCAUUUUGCAGAUUUACGAGAAUAUGUCUUGAGGAUGCAUGGAACUACAAUAUCAGAGUUACAUCGACGAAUACAAUUACAACGAAGUAUUACAAUACAAAGACCCAAUGAAAACCCUAAUUCGCGUCAAGAAACACCUAAUCCUCAUACCGAUGAAAAUCACGAACAUGUUUCAGCAUUAACUAGGGAAGAAAAUCAUACUGAUUCCUUGCAUCAAGAAUCUCCUAAUUCGCGUCAAGAAACACCCAAUCCUCGUAGCGAUGGAAAUAUCGAACAUGUUUCAGCAUUAACGAAGGAAGAAGGUAGUCCUACUGAUUAUACUGAUUCUCUGGAUCAAGAAUUCCCUAAUUCACUUCAAGAAACACCUACUCCAAAUAUUAUUUUUAACCAUUCAACAUUUAAUAACUGCACUUUUACCUAUUAUUAUUAUUAA